CAUAGAAACUAAGAAGAAACCAGAGGGCGAAUGCUGUUUAGAUUGUUUACAAUUUAUUAGUUAAUAUUAUUGAGUAGACUUUAAAGAACAAUGGCAGAGAAACCAGCACCCGGAGAUCACAGACGAAAGUGGGACAAGGAUGAGUUUGAAAAAAUUGCUAAAGUUCGAUUGGAAGAAGAACAAAGGAAACUUCUUGAAAAAGAGUUAAAAGAACCACCUAUCAAAAGAGAACUAUUAAAACCUAGAGAAUAUAAAGUAGAUUUAGAUUCUAAAUUAGGAAAAUCUCAGGUUAUCACAAAGCAAACACCUCAGUCAGGACAGGGAGGGUAUUAUUGCAAUGUCUGUGAUUGUGUUGUUAAAGAUUCUAUUAACUUCCUUGAUCACAUUAAUGGAAAAAAGCAUCAAAGAAAUUUGGGAAUGUCAAUGAAAAUAGAAAGGUCAACAUUAGAUCAAGUGAAGAAAAGAUUUGAAAGUAACAUGAAGAAAAAAGAAGAAAAGAAAAAGGAAUAUGAUUUUGAGGAGAGAAUAAAAGAAUUACAAGAAGAGGAAGAAAGACAGAAAUCAUACAAAAAAGAGAAAAAAGCUGACAGAAAAAGAAAGGCAGAAGGAGAAUUGAACUUAAACAUUGAUCCAGACAUGGCUGCUGUCAUGGGAUUCUCAGGGUUUGGGGGUUCAUCAAAAUGAUUUAAUCUGUUUGAACGAAUCAGCAAGAUAAGAGAGUGUAAGAAUAGUGAGACUAUCAUUUUAUACAUGUUUUUGUGUGAUGGAUGAAUGAGUUUAAAAGAUUUUUGUGAAACAAUUUAGAUGCAAGCUUGUUCAUGUAGUUUGAAUUGGAGAUCAGAGAGAAUUGAAACAUUUGUGGUAUAAAACGAAGGCAACACGAACAGUCAUACCGAGAAUAUCAAACAUAAAUCAAUAGUUUAUACAUUAUCAUGUUCUAGUGGAACCUGAUUUGAUUGCUCUGUAUUUAAAAUAUGUAUGACUUGUUUUGCUCCUGUUAAGCAGUAACUGUACUGCUGCUUUACUCCCUACCUCUUAUUAUUAUUUGAAACUAUCACAUACAUAUUUUGCUGUUAAAAGUCAUCCUCAUCUUUAUAUAGCAUUUGUAUUUAAUAAUGUUGAAAUUGCUAAUAAAUGAUAUUAACGAUUGAUUUUAUAAAGAACUUGUAUUUUCAUGAUCUAUAUCAACAAUUUUUUUUAUAUUCUGUAAGGAUCAGCUAAGGGGAAUAUUAUUUAAAUAUUUAUCCAUCAAGAUUUAGGAUUCAAGUUUGCUAAUAUCUUUUUAUUUUACAUGAUAGUUGUACAUAUUCCUACAUAAAUUUUAGCUGUAUUUUGAUUUAGUUUUUUGUUUUUUUCACAAAAUUGCAGGUUUUAUGUUUAUGAAAUUUAAAAAUGUGUGCCUGCCUGAGUCCUUGUACCCUAAAUUUUUUAACUGUAAACUUUUCAUUUUACUGGCUUUUUAUUUUGUCAUCAAUGGAAUACAUUUUGUCAGAUUUUUCACUACCCAUGCAAGUGGUUGCCUGAUUUUUGUGUAUGAAGUUUUGCAAACAAGAGACAUAUCUGAAAAUACAUUCAUAAAUUCCACUCAUUGUUGAACUAGGGGAGGGGGCAUAUGUGAGUACGAGUAGAUAGUCAUUGUUUGAACAAAGCAUAAUUUUCUUACAGAAUUAUGUAACAUUUAAAUGAAGAGAUUGAUGAAAACAAAAUGAAUUCUUGUUUUUAAUUGUGUGUAUAAUUUCUAUUCCAUUAUAAAAAGUUUGUAAAAUGUUUUUAUGUUUUAAACAGUACAGCAAAAUCAGAAAAAAAUGUUUGUCUUGUGUCUUUAGUUAAAGUAUGGUAUGAUAUCUUUGCUGAGGGAGUCUUUUUUCAGGGGUGUAGUAAAAGGUUGUUAUGUCAAUCAUUAAUUGUAACCCUGCAAAAUUAUGAUUUUUUUGUUAUAAAAAAUUCCUGCAUA